AUGGCGAGAAAGCAAUUAUCCGAGCAAGACAUCAGAGACCUGUUUUUUCAAUCGGAUGAUGAAGGGGAUUUUGCCGAGGAAGUCAAUGGCAGUAGUAGCGACAGUGAGGAUGGAGAUCUUCCUGUCAAUCUUGUGGCUAUUGCUAACCCUGAGCCUGAGGGCGAUGGAGGCAGGGAUGAACUGGAGGCGGUUAGCUCUACCGGCUGGAGAGCUGCUAGCAACUUCAGUCCCCCUGGACCUGCUGUUUUUUUUGAUAGCAGUCAUUCUUGUGUCCAAACCCCACCUGCAUCUGUUUCUGAGGCAAGUUGCUUCAAACUUUUUUUAACAGAGGACCUGGUUAGGGAUAUCGUCGAGGAAACUAAUAGAUAUGCCUCUCAGCUGCAGGAGCAGAGCGCGCCAGGAGUGGGUAAGCUGGCUAAGUGGCUACCCACAAACAUAGAUGAGAUGUACUCAUUUCUCAUGGCAAUGCUACUCAUGGGUGUUGUGAAGAAGUCCUCUCUGAGAGAGUACUGGAGCACAGACCCCAUGCUUGCCACUCCUUUUUUUGCUUCCCUGUUCUCACAGGACCGCUUCCUCCUCCUUCUCCGCUGUCUUCAUUUCCAAGACAACGAAAUGGCAGAUGCAAGUGACCCUCUAAACAAGAUCAGGAACAUUUUCCAUGGUAUUACCUCUGCCUUUGGUCGGGUCUUUGUUCCUUUCAAGGAUCUCUGUAUAGACAAGUCCUUGAUGCUGUGGAAGGGUAGGCUGCGCUUCCGUCAAUUCAUACCGGCAAAAAGGCACAGGUUUGGAGUCAAGUUCUUUGUGUUGUGUGAUGUACGUACUGGCUAUGUUCAGGACAUGCUCAUAUACACAGGAUCCACAACAGACAUCCAGCAUCAUGAUCUGCUUGGGAUCUCAGGGUCUGUGGUCAUGACUUUGCUUGCUCCACACCUGAGGAAAGGCCAUGUACUGUACGUGGACAACUGGUACAGCAGUCCAACCCUCUUUCAACAUCUCCUGUCUCUUGGAACAGGUGCCUGUGGGACUGUGCGGUCCAACAGGAAGGGGAUGCCACCUUUCACCUGUAAAAUGAGAAAGGGAGAUGUUGAGUUCAAGGAGAAUGGACAACAGCUGGCAGUGAAGUGGCAUGACAAGAGGGAUGUGCAUGUCAUCUCCACUGUGCAUGCAUCUGGAAUGGCUGCCACUGGAAAAGUGGACCGUGUCACCGGAGAGGGAAUUGUAAAGCCAUGCUGUGUCCUGGAUUACAAUAGGAAGAUGGGAGCCGUGGAUAAGGGUGAUAUGCUCAAUAGCUACGUACCCUGUGCACGAAAGACCACCAAGUGGUACAAGAAGGUAUUUUUUCAUCUUCUUGACAAUGCAGUCCUCAAUGGCUUCAUUGUCCAUCGCCAACUGUCAGGGAAGACCAUACCUUACCAGGAGUACAGGAUGAACCUGAUACGGCAGGUCCUUGAAGUGCACCACACAGCUCGGCGUCCCUCAGCUGGUGGCCGUCCUGCUGCAGACAAUCCUCUCCGACUGACAGGCAGGCACUUCCCCUCUGAGAUUCCUCAGACCGACGUUCAAGGAAACAAGACCCGGCGGCAGUGCAAAGUCUGCAAAUCAAGCACACGUCGGUCAAAGCAGAGGCAGCUCACAAAAUACGUGUGCGCCUUGCAACACCCCCCUGUGUUCUGCUCCGUGUUUUGA